AUGGAGCGAAGCGUACCAGUUCUUGAAGUCAACCCCCCGCUGAUCAAUUCAGCGAACCCCUGGGCGACUUCGCUUGAAGACCUCUCUGCACUAUUCAACUGCCCUUCUUUAGGGGGUAUCACCACCAGAACGUCUCUAGUCAAUGGCUUCAGGCACGAUCCUGCGGUCCAUCAGUACAUCUUCUUCGAUCCCGCUACACAUGUGUCUGGUACCCAUGAUGAUGUUGGGAAUGGUCCUGGACAAUCGAGCCUGAACAAUCUUGGCUACAGCCCUAUUCCUCUGAAGGACUAUCUGUCGUACAUCCAAACCAUCUCAGAUGGCCUCUCGGCCAUCUCGGAGAAGCUGGUGAUCGUGUCAGUCACAGGCACCCCAGAAGAAGUUGCGGAAUGUUAUCGCCUCAUUGCAGAGCACAGCAGGCGAGUCAAGAUGCCGUUGGCAGUCGAGAUCAACCUCAGCUGCCCCAACAUACCCAAUGCGCCACCGCCAGCCUACUCAGGAGAGUCACUGGGCCGAUACAUGGUGGCUCUACAAGGGCCUAUAUCUGACGCAGAACUGCCACGACUUCCAGUCGGCUUAAAAACGCCGCCUUACACUCAUGCUGGUCAGUUUGAGACGCUCAUCUCGGCCCUGCGGACUGCUGGAAGCCAGUGCCCAGUGAGCUUCCUGACUGCGACCAACACGCUCGGGUCAUGUCUCAUUCUCUCUGAUGGCGAGUGUCACACCGGCAAGCCCAAAUUGCCUGGAUUUGGUAUUGGAGGCAUGGCAGGGGCAUCGCUACAUCCGUUGGCUUUGGGCAAUGUGGCAACUCUAAGGAGAUUACUCGACCAGGAUGACAAAACGAGACACAUCAAGCUCAUCGGCAUAGGAGGCGUGGAAGACGUUUCUGGAUAUCGUCGGAUGAGAGGUGUUGGUGCAGCCGUGGUAGGUGUAGGCACAGCAUUGGGAAGAAAAGGCACUGCAGUAUUCAAGGAGAUUGAAGAAGACCUCGCAGGAGGACCGUGGUGA